AUCCACCCUGCUCCAUACCAUCCCCCUUUCCUUAGCGCCACAAGGCGGGAGCUCAGCAUUGUGCCGUCGCGGGAGACGGGAGUGUUCGAAAACCCCUGCCACGUGACCGGAGCUGUCGCUCUUCCCCGCCUUUCCCCGCGCCUCCCCUGCCUUGCUCUCCAAGGCAAUGAGGACGCGCGGGGGCAGCUGCGCGCGUGUAGGAAGCCAUGGGGGAAGGAGGCGCUCCCAGCCCAGAGCUGGACUUCGAAGGCGCAGAGCUAGAAUUGACUCAGGAGAAGCAAAUGAAAGAAAUGUUAGAACUCUCCAUAUUUGAAAUGAACAAUACAGUAGCAGAACUUGAGAAAAGACUUCACAGAACUUAUGAUGAAGACAGUGAAUGGAAAACCAGAUAUGAAACCCAAGUAGAAUUGAACAAAAAACUAGAAAGCCAGAUUGAAUUUCUUCAAGGAAAGAUGGAGCAUCUUGGUGGCAAUCCAACAGACAAACUGGCUUCUGUUCGCUCCUUCGAACAAAUGAGUACGGAUUCCUUAAAUCAGUUUCUUCAAAAAUUGGAAGAGGAGAAGAAAAGUCUCCAGAACCAGCUGAAGGAGUAUGAACUUAGACUGGAUCAAGAAGCAAAGGCUUACCAUAAAGCCAAUGAUGAAUGCCGUGCAUACUUAGCAAUGAUCUCACAAAUAUCAGGAUCUCUAAAACCAUUAGAGAAGCAGAAAAUAGAUGCAGUUGAAAUGAAGAGGGAGAACCAAGUUCUGAGGAGAAAGUGUAAUAUUCCAAGAAACCAAAGAAUACUGGACCCAAAGAAGGGACCAAUUAAAAAAACAGCGGGAGUGAAACAUCUUCCAAAGCUGAAACUCUGAUUGCUUAUUUUAGAAUUUCUCCUUUUAUUGUUUAUUUUGCCACUUGCAAUUACAGUAAACACAAAAUGUUAUUUUAAAAUAGUAUUUUAAAGGUUCCUCAACUCAAAUACAGGACUAGCACCAGUGAUGUUACCUAGUUUGUGAAAUGAAACAUCUGCAAGAAAACAAUCAAGCUCAGAGAACACCAAGGACCCCUCAAAGAGAAAUUCUUACGGCACAGUCUCAAGAUAUACUUUCUACAUAUGGGAACAAUGUUCUAGUGGAUUUUAAAUGUAUUGGGUCUGGCCUUUAAGAUGUCAUCCAGAUCUAAUACAUCAUUCUAAUCCAAAAGCAAACAGGCUACUUUAUGGCUUAUGGUGUCAUGUACAAUUAGCCUUAUUUCUUGUUGAAAUGCAAGAAGCUGUAGAAAUGUUUAUGAGUCUCUGUUCCACAUUGUAGUUUGCCUUCUUUCAACAGGCUGAAGUGGACACAGGCACAACAGGCAUUCUGAGAUACACAAUCUUUUUAAAAGUAGUUUUUUAUAGAAAAGGCAGUGGAGCCACUAUGAAAGAAUUUCAACAACUUCUGUGAAUUGAAUGCAGGCCUUAUUUAUAGUGAAAGCAAAGUUUACAUUCUUACAGUUGAGUGUGUCCAGUCUGCAUGGUAUAUUUGUCUUGAAACCACUCUUUUUUUGGGGAAGUGGGAUCAUUUCUUCCUGUUCCUUGUUUUGAAAAAGGACUAAUCUAGUUCAGGCUAUUUGCUCUUGCCUUUGAAAAUAAGCCAGACGUGCCUUGCCCAAGCUAAGAACUCCAGAGUGUAGUGACUAAACAACUCUAAAAUUUCCUUGAUCAUGUGUGCAGAAUCAGUAUUCUAGUUGGUUCUUAUUUGGAAUCAAAAUGAGAAGCCAUAUCAUUUCACUUGCCUCUAUGACAGGCAUUUUAUGAGGAAGACAAAGAAUGGUUUGUGCCUUAUAACAUAUGGCAUAUAUUUGGAUAGUUCUUGCGUUAAUCCAACCAUUGUGAUGCCUCUAUUUGGUAGCCAGACCUUCAUUAAAGAAUUCUGAAAAGGAAGAACAAAACAGAAGGAUUUUGAUCAGUAUGGAAUUAUGGAGGAAAAACAAUUAUUUGUGGAAGGUUUUGCAAUAGUUCCUCUUUAACUUGCAAAUCUCAAGUUAUAUUAAAAAUAUUACAGAACAAAAUUCUCAUUGAUUUAAUUCAUGUAUCUCUGAGUCAUAAACCAUGCUCUACAAUUUACAAUAACUGAAUCUAUUCAUCAUUUUAAGUCAUAAACAAAACAAUACCUCUAACAGCUUAUUGAAUUUUAUAAACUCAUUUAUUUUAAAAUAAGCUUUCUUAUUUGUGAAGGGGACUAUCUUAACGGGUCACGCAUUGCACUAAAACCUGAGCUGGUUUGUUCACUCUUGGAUGAAUAAACAUAUAGAGAAUU